AUGGCUUCUAUAUUCCGUGCAUUUUUUAACAGCCAUGUUGGCCCCAAAACAACCCAUUUCUGGAGACCUGUUGGAAAUUGGGGAUUUGUUGUUGCUGGGCUUGUGGACAUGAACAAACCUCUAGAAAAGAUAUUAGGCAACAUGUCCACUGCAAUGUGUCUUUUCUCUGCGUUAUUCAUGAGAUUUGAAUGGAUGGUACAACCUCGCAACUAUUUGCUUCUUGCAUGUCAUGCUUCAAAUGAAACAGUGUAG